GUCAGUGUGUGCUGAACGUGUGUGUAGUGAUGACCGACCAAUCUUUUUAGACUGUGUUGAAUGUAUUUUUAUGAUUUGUUAACGACUUUUAUUUUUUAUUUCGAAGAGCAUCAAUGGAGCGUCGCAUAAUUCUAGGCGCGUGCCUUAUGUUGCUAGCGGGGCAGCUCCAGAGCGGCGCCACACAGAACAGCAACGAUGACGACUCUACUGUGAUCUCGGCCCCCGACGGCCAGGACGCCCCCACCCUGGUCAUCACGGACGGCGCAGGAGCAGAGGGUGAGCCUCCAGACGCCUCUCCCCCGAGCCAUGAGGGGACCCAGGUGGAGGACCCCAUCAAUGAGGUUUGGGGCAUGCCAGGCUCCAGUUCUGCUGACAAUGAUACCCAGGGUUUCGCUAAUUUGAUUGACGAAGCAGAUGCUGGGGCUGGCAUUAAUCUGGGUGAUGGGCAGCGAGAGGGCCAUUUUACAGGAGCCUCUCGUGUGGUCAUCCCAGUCACUCUUAACCUCAGAGGCUACACCUCCAUGAGCUUCCGAACAUGUCGUCAUGGAACACUGUUAUCACAGGAGGGCUCAAGUGGAGACACACUAGUAUUAGACUUAAAUGCAGAGGGCAGCUUGGUACUCACCCUGACACGCCAUGGACAGCCUUAUGUUACAACACUUGGUAGAAGACUUAACAACAAUGUCUGGCACAGGGUCUACCUCAGGUUUGAGCUGGGUGUCCUGCGAUUAGGUGUAGAUCACUCAACAGUUGUUGUGGCUAACACCACCAGUUCGAGUGAACCCCUUCUAGACCUAGGCUUGUGGUCACGCACGCCUCAGCUAACCAUAGGUGGAAAUUUCACUGGAUGCAUCCUCCAAGGAGCAGGGACAGAAAUGACAAACCCACUAGCAUUACACACAGGAGUAGAGUGGGGUUCCUGUCCUCUUCCGGAUGGGACCAACUGCACUGGAGGUGGAUUUGCUGAUCCCUGUUUCUCUCAACCUUGUGGUAGACAUGGCCAGUGCCUUCCAUAUCAGGAGAGCUAUCGUUGUGAUUGUUACACACGUUACACAGGAGAAACUUGUGAACUUGAUAAUGGACCCCUCUGCCACCUACCAGAAUAUGAGUGUCAGAAUGGUGGACUCUGUCAGGAAGACAGGCGAGGUAAUUCCACUACCUGUGCCUGUCCAACUGGCUUUACAGGCAAAGUGUGCCAGGUGUCCAUUGAUGCAAGUUUCUGUGACAAUGCUGACAAUCCUUGUCAGAAUAAUGCCACUUGCACAGUGACGCCAUAUGAAGACAGAUACGAGUGCCUUUGCUUACCUGGAUUCACAGGAGAACACUGUGAAACAAAUAACGAUGACUGUGCCUCCCUUCCAUGCCUUCAUGGUGGCAUAUGCAGUGAUGAAAUUAAUGAUUUCAGAUGUGACUGUGAUGGCACUGGCUAUGAGGGAGAAACAUGUGAAAACAAUAUAGAUGAAUGUGCUACCAUGCAACCAUGCCUUAAUGGAGCAACAUGCUUUGAUCUAUAUGGUGACUAUGAGUGUGCAUGUGCUCCAGGUUACGGUGGGAAACAUUGCGAAGUGGAAGUUCUCGAAUGCUCAUCUGAUCCCUGUCAAAAUGGGGGAACAUGCACAGACCUUCAAAAUGCAUACAGAUGUUCAUGCAUGCUUGGUUUUGAGGGUGACAAUUGUGAGCAUAACAUCAACGACUGCUAUAACGUUACUUGCCCUGAGAACUCCUACUGUAUGGAUGGAGUUAACGAAUACGUAUGCAGAUGUAGCCCUGGAUUUUCAGGUUCCCCACCUAACUGUCUCGAAAUAAACGAAUGCGAUUCUUCUCCAUGUUUGAAUGGAGCUUCAUGUUACGAUCGAGAUAAUUCAUUCGCAUGCAUCUGUACUCAAGGUUUUACUGGAAGCAAUUGUGAGAUCAACAUCGAUGACUGUGUGUCAGACCCAUGCCAGAAUGGAGGCACUUGUAUAGAUGGCAUUGACACCUAUAGUUGUGAGUGUGCGCCUGGAUUUGAGGGAAGCCACUGCGAAGAAAACCGGAAUGAAUGUGCCCUUAAUGUCUGUAUUCAUGUUAAAGAUUGUCGAGAUCUGAUUGGAGACUAUGAAUGUGAGUGUGAAGAUGGAUGGUUUGGCAAGAACUGUGAUGAAGAAGUAGAUGAGUGUGCUUCAUCCCCUUGUAAAAAUGGUGCAUCAUGCAAGGACAGACUCAAUGGAUUUGACUGUACAUGUCCACCUGGCUUUACAGGAGAAACUUGCGAAACUGAUAUUGAUGAAUGUGCAGUGAACCCUUGUCUCAAUGGAGGUAUAUGCAUUGAUGGCCUCAACAACUAUACUUGUGAAUGUGGUGAUGCAUUCAUGGGACUGAACUGUGAGGAAGAGUAUGAUGCCUGUGCAUCCAACCCUUGCCAAAAUUCUGCUUCAUGUAUCACAACACGUGGACAACAAGAUUUUUAUUGUGAAUGUAUACCAGGUUUUGAAGGCUUCUACUGCAGCAAUAAUAUCAAUGACUGCUUCGAUGCAUCUUGCUCUGAGGGCAAGGUGUGCUAUGACCUGAUCAACAGCUAUGAAUGCCGCUGCCAAGAAGGAUUUACUGGAGAGAACUGCUCUGUUAAUAUUGAUGAAUGUGAAAGUAGUCCCUGUCUCAAUGAUGGGGAGUGUCUUGAUGGCAUGGCAAAUUAUAGCUGUUUCUGUCCACCAGGAUACACAGGCCACAACUGUGAGACUGAUGUGGACGAAUGCGAGCUUCUCCGGCCAUGUGUCAAUGGCAUAUGCCAAAACUCCAUAGGGUCAUACCAGUGUUACUGUCGUCCUGGAUUCUCUGGUGAUCUCUGCCAAGUAGACUUUGAUGAGUGCCUUUCUCUACCAUGCCAGAACAGCGGCACUUGCAUCAACAGGAUAAACGGUUAUGAGUGUGUCUGCCAGCCUGGUUUUACGGGUACUGAUUGUGAUAUUGAUAUUGAUGAGUGUGAGAGUGCUCCUUGUCAGAACAAUGCUACCUGUUAUGACGGUAUUGCCAACUUCACAUGCGAGUGCCUGCCUGGCUUCACUGACCAACUAUGCUCCACAAAUAUUGAUGAAUGCGAGUCUGAGCCAUGUUUGAACGGAGGCACGUGCACAGAUGGCAUCAACAGCUACACAUGUAACUGUAGUGAUACGGGCUUCAAGGGAGAACAGUGCGAAAUAAACAUUGAUGACUGUGAGUCCUCUCCAUGUCAGCACGGGUCAACCUGCUCAGAUCUAGUGAAGGAUUACAAUUGUGCCUGUUUUGAUGGCUAUACAGGGAAAAAUUGUGAAGAGGACAUUUUGGAGUGUGAAGCAUUCCCCUGCUUUAAUGAUGCCACCUGUCUGGAGAGAAGUAACCUCACUCUCUAUGAAAGGGGAAUAUUUUCAAAUUUCAGUUAUGAGAAUGCAGGAGGGUUUACUUGUGAAUGCAUUCCUGGUUUUACUGGUGAUUUUUGUGAGACAAACAUAGAUGAAUGUGCAAGCAGUCCAUGUAUAAAUGGCCAGUGUAUUGAUGGUAUCAAUGCAUAUUCUUGUGACUGUUGGCCAGGCUAUGAAGGUUUCAAUUGUGAAAUUGAAAUUGAUGAAUGUGAGCUCUACAGGCCCUGUGACCAUGGCACCUGUGUUGAUAAGGUUGCUGAUUACAAAUGCAUCUGCGAAGACGGCUAUGGGGGGAAGAACUGCUCCGUCCCACUGACAGGCUGUCUUGAAGUAGAGUGUUUCAAUGGAGGCACAUGUGAGGCUCUGCUUUUUAAUGAGACCAUCCAUGACUUCAAGUGCCACUGUGAACACGGCUUUACUGGUCGGAAGUGUGAGGAGCCUACCACUGUGUCUUUCUCUGGGGACUCGUACAUUAUGAUCAAUUCUCAGAGGGAAGAAGGUUAUGAGCUGGCCUUCAGAUUCCGUACCACUCUCCCCAACGGAAUCCUUGCUGUGGGCCAGGGAGAGACAUACAUUAAAUUGGAGCUUCUUAAAGGACAACUUAACCUCCAUUCUUCACUUCUCAAUAAGUGGGAAGGCAUAUUUGCUGGUUCAAAUCUCAAUGAUGGCCAGUGGCAGAAUGUUAGAAUGGCUGUCAAUGACAGCCAUGUUCUGCUGGCAGCAAAUGAUGAAGUGACAGUGCACCCCAUUACACUUGUAAGAUCCACAAACAGCUCAGAAACAAGCUUCAACACUUCAUUUUCUACAACUGUCCUUGGAGGAGCCACGUCAACAUUGAGAAUACUGUUCAAAGGAGCACCAUUUUUCACUGGCUGCAUGGAAGAUGUAGUCCUUGAUGAUGAGGUUCUGAUACCAAGAACUGUACCACAGCCAAUGAGGGCUCUUGUCCAAGAUGGUUGUCCUCGUGUUGAGCAGUGUGCCCCCAACCCUUGCAUGAAUGAAGGCCAGUGUCAUGACUUGUGGACCAAUUAUCAGUGUACUUGCCAGAGGCCUUACCUUGGAGAUACCUGUCAGCUAAGUUUCACACCAGCCACUUUUGGAAAUGAAGACAUAAUGGACAGCUUGGUAACUGUAGUGAUUCCCGAAGUGGACCACACAACCUACAGGACACAUGCUGAUGUCUCGAUGUUGGUGCGCACAAGAGAAAGCAAUGGACUGAUUUUCUACCUAGGAACACGAGAGGACGAUAUCUCUCUAUCAUCCCCUGGAACCCACUUGCUAGCAGAGUUGAAGGACAACGAAUUAGUUGUGCGCACUCAGUUAGGCGGUCCAGAGGAAAUGUUCAUUAUUCCAGAUGUUACACUUACUGAUGGUGAACCACAUCUGCUUCAUGUAAAGCGUAUCAACAGUGACUUGGAAAUUUAUGUUGACAAUGAACAAGUCCUCAACGCUACACUGCAGCAUGGAGGCAAUCUAGAAGCUCACGUCUUAUACCUUGGAGGUGUGCCUGAUGGCUCCCAUACCAGAGCGAAACGGCAAUUAGGUGUCAGUAAUAUUACCGUGACUGUUACUCGACCUCACUUCAAGGGGACUCUACAAGACAUCAGACUGAGCAAUGGUACAGAGACCCGACUUGUGCAGCCAUUCCCUCUGGAGAGUGUGACCCAAAAUGAUCUUCCAGGAGAAAGUCUAGAUGAUGUUGACUUGUAUAAUGUGCUUGAAGGAACUGUUAGUGAUGAAACUUGCAACCCAGAUCCAUGUCAAAAUGGCGCAACAUGCACAGUCACUUGGAAUGAUUUUAUGUGUACUUGCAUGUUUGGUUUCAAGGGCAAGACUUGUGAAGACCGUGAAUAUUGUGCAGUUUACCAAUGUCCAGUUGGAUCUGAGUGUCUCAACUUGGAUGAUGGCUAUGAGUGUGUUGCAAACUUAACUCUCAAUGGUAUCAAUUCCUCCAUCACAUAUUCACCAAGCUUUACAAACUUACAGAAGUCAUUGAAUGAAAUAACUAUUACUUACAGAAGUCAGGUUGGAGGGGUUAUGCUGUAUGCAGCAAAUACAGAUGGCAGUAUUUGGAUAGGUUCCAGUCCUGCUUCCAUUGUGGUGGAGCAAACCAAUGGCUCUGCUUCUCAGAAGACUUUCUUCUUGUCAAAUUCUACCUUGGAUGGGGAGUGGCAUGUGCUGAAAGUUGUAUUUGAUCCUACAGGACUUCAGGUUUCACUUGAUGGAAAUAGCCUCCUUGGUAGUGACCUUGCUGUUAUUGUUGACCUUACUUCGCUGAUUCUUACUGGAGAGCUAAAGCUAGGUGCAGCACCACUGCCUUUGGCCACACUAAAUUUCCUGGACCCAUCAUUGGUGAACCCAACCUCUACUCCUGGGAACGCCAUACUACCAGAUGAGUCCUUCAUGCCACAGGUGUUCCGUGGAUGCCUGGGUGCAGUGAGAGUCCAAGAGGUGUUGGUUCCAUUCUUCUCACAAACUGAACUUCUGAACAACAGUGCAGCAAACCAGUUCUUGAGACAGGAAGAAUCAUUUACAGAAAUUGGAUGCACAGUAUGCUAUGAGGAAGAGUGCAUCAAUGGAGGCUACUGUUCAGAUCCAUCGGAGGUAUACAGUUGCACAUGUGAAGCUGGAUUUGAAGGCAAUUUGUGCCAGAUCAAUAUUGAUGAGUGCAUUGGGAAUGAAUGCCAGAAUGGAGCUUCAUGUGUUGAUGGCAUUAAUGAGUACACUUGUAACUGUGCACCAGGAUUUACCGGCCAAUUCUGCGAGGAAGAUAUUGAUGAGUGUGCUGACGAGCCAUGCAAAAAUGGUGGUUUGUGCUUCAAUGAAAUAGCAAAGUUCAGGUGUGAGUGCCCAGAAGACUUCAUUGGAUUAAAAUGUGAAGAAUUGAAAGUCAAGAAUUGUUCCAACCUUAUGUGCUUGCACAACGCUGUCUGUACUGAUAUUAUAAAUCCCUUGACCAAUGUGGCUGAUAACUACACCUGUGAUUGUCCUUUUGGUUACAUCGGUUAUAAUUGUGAGACCAUCAAAGACUUCUGUAAACUGGAAAAUAUUUUCUGCACACAUGGUACCUGUCAACUUACCUACACAGAACCAGGCUGGGUAUGUUCUUGUGAAGCUGGCUGGGAAGGUCCCUAUUGCAGUGACGACAUUGAUGAUUGUGCCUCCAACCCAUGCAAGAAUGGGGCAGUAUGUGAGGACCUUCUUCUAGGUUUUGAAUGCCAAUGCCCUGAUACAUGGAAAGGGGACACCUGUGAAGAGGAUGUCGAUGAAUGUGUGGCCUCUCCCUGUCUUCAUGGUGGAGAGUGCGUGAAUCUCAUGGGGUAUUUUGAGUGCCUUUGUGAGGAUGAGUAUUGUGGUCAGACAUGCAAUUUGACCAAUCCAUGUCUUGAGGUCAACUGCAGUAAUGGUGGUCAAUGUAAACACUUUUGUGAUGAACUCCGCCCAGAUCCAUUUAACCAGACAAUGGGAGUAUGUCGGUGUCAAGCUGGCUGGGAUGGAGAAUUCUGCACUGAAGAGGUCAUACUAUUCCCAUCGGAUGUGGAUUUGGCCAUCAUUGUAGGAUGUGUUGUUGGACUCAUGUUAGUCAUAGCAAUAGUUGGUCUGACAGUUUUCCUCAUGAUGGCAAAAAAGAAGAGACAGACUAGAGGAACCUAUUCACCCAGCAGACAGGAGUUUUACAGUCCACGAGUUGAGAUGGGGAACAUGAUGAAACCCCCACCAGAGGAAAGACUCAUCUGAGGAAUGUGCAGUGCUUCUAAGAGCUGACUAUAAAAAAAACCUCCACUGUGAGAAGAUGCUCAAUUGCAAAAUCUCUGUGCACCCUUUUGACUUCCUCAGCCUGAAAGAUCUCUUGCUGGAAGAUUUGAUGCUGAUGUGUAAAACAUUAUUUUAGGAUAUUAAUAAUGGAGGCUAUAGAGAACUUGGAUUGGCUGAGGAACUUUGUACACAAUGAAGAAGUUACAAGCAUGUGGUGUGCUACUAGAGAUAUGCUGAAGAGACUAACGUGCUUGAACAAUGCAGUGAUAAUGGCCUUGUGGAAGAGGCUACAUGUAUAUAAAUAUAUUAAGUAAUGACUGAAGACUCAACAAUUUAAAUGGAUACAUAUGCAUCCAGAAGCUGUUUAUGGAAGGGAAUGUUUUAAAAUGAAAAUUUAUGAAAAUAUUUUGAACAAGUCUAAGUAUGUUAAACAAACUUUUACCACAGCUGUUGCAACAAGGCUAUUUAUAAUGUGAUAUAGUUGAGUCUGGAUAUAUUGACACAGGUCACUGUGAUCUGUGACUUUUUUCCUUAUUCAUAUUUCUAGGAAAUUCUGUGAGAAUUUGAUUGCAGAAAGCUUGCUCAGUUGUUGUUUAGUAUAUUCUUUGUACUGCACAGAUACAAUAUUCAAAAUGAAAAGGACCAGUUUAUUAAAAUAUAAAAUGACAGAUAAUGACUUUAUAAAAGUUAGAAGUUUGGAAUGCAAGAAUGAAUGAGGGUAAGGUAAGUAGCAAGGGACAAUAAUGUCUUCCAAAAGUAAUAUCCAGUGUUCCAUAAAUGGAAAAUUAAAUUUGAUUUUGUGUCCCCUUAGCUUUUAUGAAAGUACUCUUAAAAACGCAAGAAGAAUGCAGGUUUAAAUGACUGCAGAUUUUUAAUAUGUGCUCAGAAGUGUUCAGAAUGAGAUUGCUUUUUCAAGAUUGUAAUUAGACUCUGUCCUAAUUAUGCCUGUUUCUUUUUUUCUUUUUUUAAAACAAUAUAAAUGCUGAUUUGCUUUUUUUUCAUUUGGCAUCAAUUAUGUAUGCAAUAAACCACCAAUAGAUUUCUUUCUUUAUCAGUUUCUCUAUGUUUUUGUUAUUUAAUAUUUUAAUUGCUAUGUGCUGUCUGUAUUAUGGUUGUAUGAAUACUAAAGACUUUGUGAGUAUGAAUGCCGUGUAUAUAUCUCAUAGAUAGUCAGUUCAUUCUUAAAUGAUGAACAGAUAAAAAAAAUGAGUUGUUAGUUUUUUAUUAUUCCUUUUAAAUUGGAAACCCAAUUUGUAAAUCUUAACUCUUUGAAAUCCUGUUGCCAAGUACUUAAUACUAUGAAGCUGUAAAGGACAUACCACAUUGAGUCAGCUUUGUCACCCCUUAGGACUACUUCUUACGUAUAUAUUUCUGAGCCAAUCCUUAACCGUGCAGUAAAUACCAAAAAAACUUGUUUCAUAUCAUACUUCAGUUGCUGCUAUGACAAUACCUGAUGUGAGAAAAUUUGGUACUUGGGAACUACAGUUAUUUUAUGUCAUAUCUGUUGACAUAAUCUGUGAUCCUUGAGAGUUGUUCCCAUAGAUAUUAUAUGGCAACUUUUUAAUUAAUUUUAUAAUUUCAUCUGACCCUAUUUCUAUGACAAGUGUAAGAAUCUGUUCUUGAUUUUUUAUUUCACAUUGUUUUCCCAGUGUACACAAGUACUGUAAAUUGAACUAGCCAUUGCUUGAAGUAUAAUUUAUACACACCAUUGGUUGUAUUUGGUGCAAUAAUAAUACCAUAUUCAGUUCCAUACUAGCAAAAUAUCCAGAUACAGAAUUUGUUUUUAUUAAUGGCACCAACAGAGGGUAUAUUCAGGUACAUUGCAAUAAAUUAUAUAGUAUAUUUAAACUCAAAUCAGUUAGGUGAAACUGUAUGGUAAUGAUUUUCCCCUCUUUUGUAGUACAUUCCUUUUUCUGAUCCCUGUGAAAGUGAUGAUUCAGAUGACCUGUAUAAAGUAUAUGUGAAUUGUAGAAUAUUAGUUUUUCAUGCAAGCUCAGGUUAGCCAUUUUGUUGAGACUGUUUUGCCACCCAACAAGCACAGCUGUGUAUCAGUGCUGGAGUUGUUUUAUUGUUUGAAUCUCAAAGGUUGAUUUUUUUGUGAUGUUCAGCCACAAGGGAACAUCUGUCAGAAACCUAUUUCUAGUUCGAAAUUCCUCUGUGAUAUAUUUCCAUCCAAGAUAUACUUGAAGCUACAGUGCCUUUUUGAAGAAGUAUUCAAAUUACCAUAAGAGAAAGAGGGAACGGAGAUAGUAUUUGAUAAUGUGUUUCAGAAGUGGGCUUUGAGGUAGAGAAAGUCCUUAUAUUGCAUUAUCUCUUAGUGUCUCUUACAAGAAUAGAACCCACCUUGUACUUACAGAUACAGGUUUUUCCUGAAGGAUUUACAGAACCCUGUGUGAUGAACAUAUUCAGGUGAUUGUGAUAUUGUUUUGGAAAACUAGAGACAUCAAUGUUAGUUUUUCAUCAGUAUGCAUUUUUGCAGUGGCAAAUGUGAAUCUGUAGGUAGAAUGAAUGUUAAUCCUAAUGUGAGGAUUUUCUUGAAUAACAGAUUUUCCAGAUUAGUUUUAUAUCCAAUUUUAUCUUGGUGCAAAAGAUGUGACGAUUGGCAAAAAAAAUUGGCGCCAUAUUAUUAAGAAAAAUAUUUUCAUUACUGAAUUUGAGGGACCAAUGUAUAGUUUUUACUUUUUAGUAAGUCAAAUUCCUAAGACGUGUAUAGUUUUUGAAUGGAAAAAUUGACAAAGGAAACACAUACUGGUAGAAUUUUAUUCCCAAUUUAUUGUACAGUAUUGUAUAUGUACCAUUUAAUUAUUUAAAGUAUAACAGAA